AAGUGUCAAAUCAAAGUGAUAUCAUGCUAAAACAAUCUUUGCCAACUUCCUUUCAGGUUUUUAAAAACCUCCAGCUGUUCCUGGAGAACAAGCAGCCUGAGGAUGACCUCUUUGACAGGCUGAAUACCUCUAUUCUGAAUAAGCACUUACAGGAGCUGAUGGAUGGCCUGACAGCCAAGGUCUUUCGUACCUACAACGCCUCCAUCACCCUGCAGCAGCAGCUGAAGGAACUUGCCUGCCCUGAUGACAGCCUUCCUGCUAAAGUCCUGUCGUACAACCGUGCCAACCGGGCGGUGGCCAUCCUCUGUAACCACCAGAGAGCUCCGCCCAAAACCUUUGAGAAGUCCAUGCAAAACCUUCAGACCAAGGUAAACGCCUGUGUUCCACCUUUCUUCUGUUUUGUUGUAACGCCACAAACUAUGAUGCCUCUGU